CAGUUGUCAGCGGUGAGUCACGGCGAUGACUCCCGCCAAGGACAGCCCCUCGCCCGCUGGCACUCACACUAUUAACACUGACAACCUCGAGGUAUGAAUGAAGGGUAAAUCUAAAUCUGCCUUACAGUUUGGGCCUCUGUGUCGACAAGAGUUCAACAGCUACACGAUCGAGAAUGGAAACGAUAGGAGACUCAGACACAGGGCUCAAAGUCGCCGUCAUCGGCUGCGGUCAUGGGAUGUUGGACACGAUAUACGCCACGCUCGAGGUCGAGUGUGCAACAAAGGGGUGGGCCCUCUGCGACCUCGAUCUUCUCAUCAUCUGUGGGGACUUCCAGGCGGUCCGAAACAAACUGGACCUCAACUGCAUGUCGGUCCCCUUCCGCUACCGAAAGCUGGGCGACUUUCACAAGUACUACAGCGGCGCCGCGCAAGCCCCCGUGCUCACGCUCGUCAUCGGCGGCAACCACGAGGCGUCCAACUACCAUUUCGAGCUCUACCACGGCGGCUGGCUCGCGCCCAACAUCUACUACCUGGGCGCGGCGGGCGUGGUGCGGUACGGGCCGUGGCGCAUCGCCGGCGUGUCGGGCAUAUACAACGCGCGCAACUACGGCAAGCCCCACGGCGAGCGCCUGCCGUACGACGGCGACGACGUCAGAUGCGCGUACCACGUCCGCGAGUACGACGUCCAGCGCCUUCUGCACCUGCGCAGCCCCGUCGACAUCGCCCUCAGCCACGACUGGCCUGCCUGGGUCGAGCUGUUUGGCGACCACGACGACUUUUACGCCACCAAGCCGCACUUCUUCGCCAGCGCGCUCGCCGACAAACUCGGGAGCAAGCCGGCUGCGGAGCUGCUGAGCCACCUGCGUCCGACGUACUGGUUCUCCGGCCACAUGCACACGAGGUUUACUGCCACGGUGGACUUCGGCGAUGGUCUUGGGAUGGAAGAUGCAUUGCAGAGGUUGGACGACGUGCCGGAGAAACUCCGACGUGUCUUGCCCCGGGUCCCGAGAAGCAAGAAACCGCCGCCGCCUCCCGCGAGCACCGCCACCAAAACAGAGUUUCUCGCCCUCGACAAGGUCGGGUCAGAUCCAACCUUCCAAUGGCUCGAGCUCAGAAACCUCGACCACCGUCCGCACGCUGACAGCCUAGACGCAACGCCCUACCUAGACCGCACCGAGGCUGGAAAAUCCAGUCUGCACUAUGACGAAGAGUGGCUCGCCAUCACGAGGGCCUGCGCCCCGGGUCUGAACAUCGCAGACCCCGAAACCCACGUCGUGGCCCCGUCGACAGCGAGAAAGGUACCGGCGGCGUCUGUGGACAAGCAUCGGCGGUGGGUCCGGGCGAACAUUGUCGACAAGAAGCUUCUGCGGAUCCCCUUCAACUUCGCGCCCCAUGCGCCAGUGUACGACCCGGACUCGGAGGUGGACGCAAAGCAGCAGCCGCUGGAAUAUCCGAACCAGCAGACGGCGCAGUUCUACGAUUUGCUGCAGAUUCCCAACAAGUUUGCUGUGUAGUCACCAGCAGAUGCCAGCGGGGAAGGGGCAGUGCACCUGAGGUCGGGAUGGAACCAGUGACAAGCCAGGCAGGGUGACACGACAUGAACCAAUCAGGAGUUGAGCGUAGUCCUUGAUUGAGUAUCGAAAGACAAAAUUGUGGCAGUGCAGUGGGCUGCAGUGGGCCGCAAAAAAAUUAUGCAGUGCUGUUGGAAAGCUGGCCCCAAAGUAGGCCAAAAAUCGGUUUAAUGUAUUCCGUAAGUCAUAUUGUGUGUGUAAAGUCUUGGGGUAAGUC